AUGUUUUCACGCACAAUUACUUCUCUACGGCCUCUGGCCAGAGCUCCAAGAAACUUAUCUCUCCGUGGUCGAGCUCUAUCUACACUCCCAAACAAUCCUCAUAUCUACGUGUUCCCCUCUCCAGGCGACCCCAAGUCAUCUAUUCUCUCUCUUCUCCCAACGGACCCCCCUACGCAAUCCCUUGCAAUCGGCACCACAACCUCAAUUCCACCAACACCAGCAUCCUUCACCGAGAAUCACCAGUUUCUCGGAAUCUUACAAUCUGUAUUCCACUCAUAUGCCACCCAGGACCCAGAGGUCCAAUACCAGGCCGCAGCAUUCGCCUCCCCAGGAGGUUUCAAUCUGGGUGGAAAUAGCGGCGAAGGCGCUGGAGGAGCUAGCCAGCAAGGCGGUAUGGGCGGUGCGAAUCGGGGGGGAUGGAUACAUGUCAGUGAUACCAGGAACCCGCCUGAUUGGGGCAGGAUAGCGUGGCCGGAAGAUAUCUUCGGGAGUGCGGAGGUCGAUGGGGACGGCAAGUUUGCAGAUGGAGGAAGCUACCAAGCUAGCGGCACUUAUCGCGUUGUGACACGGGAGGGAAUACUUGGACUCUCCACGUUCCUCCGUGAAAAACUAGUCGAACGGCUACGAGACCUAGAAAAGCAAUCCAAAAACAACUGA